AUCGAGUGGGUGAUAGCUUUGAUGCCUUCAUACCAACAGAAAAUGUACCCUGCGAAAACCGAUAAUGAUGGUGUCAGGGACAACAGUGAUGGUGCCAAGGACAACAGUGAUGGUGUCAGGGACAACAGUGAUGGUGCCAAGGACAACAGUGAUGGUGUCGGGGACAACAGUGAUGGUGCCAAGGAUAACAGUGAUGGUGCCAAGGACAACAGUGAUGGUGUCAGGGACAACAGUGAUGGUGCCAAGGACAACAGUGAUGAUGUCAGGGACAACAGUGAUGUGUCAGGGGCAACAGUGAUGGUGCAAAGGACAACAGUGAUGGUGUCAGGGACAACAGUGAUGUGUCAGGGACAACAGUGAUGGUGCCAAGGACAACAGUGAUGAUGUCAGGGACAACAGUGAUGUGUCAGGGGCAACAGUGAUGGUGCCAAGGACAACAGUGAUGGUGUCAGGGACAACA